UUUCUCUUAAGGCGUGCUGUCACAGGGGUUAAACACUUAUUCUCUAUGUUUUUCAAGAAAUCCAAGGCAGCUGACCAGAAUGGAAGUAUUGCAGCACCAAAAGUUCCUGAAUCAGAAGCACUGCCACAGAACUGUGAAGUAUUGACCACAGAAUGGGGAAGCAGAGUCUAUUUACUGGGAACUAAUGAAUUCUGUACAAAAUGUCUGCAUAAUGUAUCAAAGGUUAUCAAACAACUUCGUCCCAGUGUUGUGUCUUUGCAGUGUUGUUCGACCAGACUAGAUGAUAUAAAACAGGAUGAAGAAACUGCCUUUAAAAAUCUUCAAAUUUCAUCAGCAUUUUUGUACAUGAAAAUGUUAUUUAUAGCUCUUGGUGGUAAUGGACCUGUAUCAGCACUGCUUUUCAAAGAGAAGGUGUUGAAAUCCAAGCAAACAGGGCUGUCAUCUGAUGCAGAUCUCAGACAAGCUUUCACUGAGGUUAAGAAGAUUCCAAAUUGUAAACUACACUUAGCUGAUAUUCCAGAAGAGAUUCUGGGAGUGAAGUCCUGGGGGAUUCCUAGUGUUAAGGAGAGGAUAACUUAUGCAAGAAGAUUGUAUAAAAGGCUACAGACAGAUCAAAACAACCCAGAGGAUGUACAUGAACUGGAGUCUAACAAAGAUUACAGGCAGCAAGAAAUUGACAAGGAAUUCAGCUCCUUACCUGUGUUCAAGAGACUAUUUAUCAGUGAUAGGGAUAGGUAUUUAGCCUACUCACUGAAGAAAGCCGCAGAACCCAGUGCAACAGAUAAAACGCCAACUGUGGUGGGUAUAGUGCGAAUGGAACAUCUAGAUGGCAUCAAAGAUAACUGGAAUAAAUCUGAUUUAGAUGUUGAUAAAAUAGCUAGUUUAGAGAAGAAUUAUGAGGUAUACGAAGCCCUGAAGUAUGGAGCUGUGAUUAUGACAUUUACUUAUUUCAUGACGAGAAGAAUUCGAGUCCGGAAAGCAUGGGACCUUUACUUUAAUGUAAAAAGAUAACCUUUGUAGCAUGUAGAUCAAUUUUAUUAAAAGAUAUGAUAUUUUCAUAUGUGAUAUUCCCAAUAAAUUUCGGGUUUAUAGUU